CCAAGUCACACACACCGGCACCGAGCUAGCUAGCAGCCAAGAUGGCGACCAGGCAUCUGUUUCUUGCCAUCCUCGUCCUCCUUACUAUAGGCAUGGUCACCGGUGCUGGAACCCGCAAGCUGGGUUACGGCCCUGGCGGAGGAGGUGGCGGCGGUGGUAGCGGCGAAGGCGGUGGUGGUGGGUAUGGUGGAUCUGGGUAUGGGUCUGGGUCAGGAUAUGGUGAAGGAGGUGGAAGUGGAGGUGCUGCUGGUGGGUAUGGACAUGGUGGUGGAAGUGGUGGUGGUGGCGGUGAGGGCGGUGGUGCAGGGUCUGGGUAUGGGUCUGGGCAAGGCGCUGGCUACGGAGCUGGCAGUGGUGGUGCUGGUGGGUAUGGAAGCGGUGGAGGGGGUGGAGGUGGUGGUGGUCAAGGCGGCGGUGCUGGCUAUGGCCAUGGAGGCGGCUCUGGCUCUGGCUAUGGAGGUGGUGCUACUGGUGGUGGAGGUGGGCAUGGUGGUGGCGGCGGCGGUGGCCAAGGCGGUGGGUCCGGCAGCGGCUCAGGCUAUGGCUCUGGAUAUGGGUCCGGUGGAGGUUUUGGGCAGGGUGGUACUUACGCCGGAGGUGGUGGCGGUGGCGGUGGCGGUGGAGGUGGAGGUGGUGGCGGACAAGGUGGAGGAUCUGGCUAUGGCUAUGGCUCUGGCUCUGGCUCUGGAUACGGCGGUGGCAGCGGCAAUGGACACUACUAAGCUCAUUUUCAGAGUCAACUACGAAAAUAUAUAGUUACAGGUGUGUCAUCAGUGAUGACUUUGUCUCACUGCUUUACAGAAAGCUUGUUUGAGUGUAUGUAAGUAGCUAAAGCUUUGUACCGGCCUUGCUGCUUUACAUAACUGGCAAGGACUAAGAAAUAAAUAAAGCGACAUAUGGAAUUAAUUA